UAUUUAUAUUUUAUAAAUUCUUUCAUUAGGCAACCAUUUAUUACUUCUUGAAAUCUUAUCCCUCAGUGCUAAUUGGGCUUAUUGUCGGAACUUUUGCACGUCCACUGUACGUACAUAAGAACCCAGGUCGGUUGCUUCAUGUUUAUGGCACCUCACCUGUUAUCAACCUCCUGCGUGACUAGAUAUCUAUACGGAUAUCCCCCGGCUGUGUGUCGCAUACUUACUACCUGUCACUCUCCUCUCCUUAUUCACCACCCACCAUGGCCUCGGAAACUCAAACCGUGUCCCACAUUGAGACUCUCCUAGAGUCGAAAACACUCUCGAUCUCUUUACGAAACCUAGAGCUCAAGGAUGCCCCAGCCUUCGCCCAUCUCCUCUCGGACCCCCGCAAUGCCUCGGACCCCAACAUUAAGCCCAUGGAUGUAUCCACCGCACAGGGCGCCAUUACGCGCAUGCGAGAGUCUGCCUCUGAACCAACCGUUUACGACGCCCACGGCAAAGUCAUCACCGGUCCCAGCCGCGUGAACCUUGCGGUUGUGCUUGGGUCGGAGGACCAGCCUGAUGGGAAGAUGAUCGGCCUGGGCGGGUACGGCGCCAUCAAGGAGCUCGAACGCAACGGGGAGAAGCUCCGGGCUGGGGAUGUGGGCGCGCUGAUCGGGGCCGACUACAGGGGCAAGGGCUAUGCAACCGAGACGAUGAAAUUGGCCAUGGACUGGGGCUUUGCGGGUGUUGGACAGGGUGGACUACAACUGGAUCGCAUUACCAUCACGACCCUCAACGACAAUGAGCCGAUGAUCAGAGUGAUCAAUGACAAGUUGGGGCUGAAGGGCAAGGGAAUCGAGAGAGAGGCAGAUAGCGAAGGCGAGAUAGAGUUGUACUGGGAGUUGGAGAAAGGUGAUUGGAUACUGAAUUGAAGGUCUUGUCGUCGUCUUGAUAGCUAAGCUCCCCAAACCAACUCCUACUCAAAACCAAACUUCCGCAAAAACGCCCAAACAC